GGCCGCAGUUGUCUUCAGUGUCUUUCAGCGGCACACACAGAUUUCAACAGAAAUACAAACAGACAGCAGUGAAAUUACAACACGAACACACACUGAUAAUAACAUCGAUUAAACACAACACAUUUAACUACUGAAGACUUAUCUACAGAUCGACGUGUGUGGCGUAGCCUCUUCAGGACUAGAUAAUCGGUUAUAUUUGCAAUGGAGGAGCUCCAUAUCCAUUGCUUGAAAUGUGUGAACCGACGAUGUAUGAUAAGACCAGAGGCUAGCGUGUCCUGUGACCUCAUGGGUUGCCCUCUUGUGUGCGGAGCCAUUUUCCAUUCAUGCAAACUGAAUGAACAUCGCUCACUGUGUCCAUAUGAAAGAGUGCCAUGUCUGAACCAUGGAUUUGGAUGUCCGUUUACCAUUCCCAGGAUCAAACUGGCAAAACAUCUUGAAACAUGCCCAGCCAGCGUUGUAUGUUGUACUAUGGAAUGGAAUCGCUGGCCCGUUAGUUACUCCGAUCGCAAAUCCUACGAGCACUUGAGUAAGGAAGUUUGUGACGUGGACCAACUUGACAUGGCUUUGGCUCUUCAGGAUCAGCGUAUGCUGUUAGAGUCGCUUAAAUUGGCAACCACUGUGACGAAAACCCUAGAAAAGCAAAAUCAUGAAAAUGAAAGAAUGAACUCGGAAAAUGCAUUGAUCCAAACGGAGGUUGAGGGAUACAGAGAUUUGGUGGAGAACAAUACAGACUUUGCAGCCACGUUCGAUGUUCUCAAUAGUGCGAAGAAUAUCGACUUGAUUGUGAAAGAUCUAGAUGCUGAGAAGAAAGUUGCUUGUAGAGGUGUCAAGAACGGUGAUGGGGACUUUAGGAGUGAAGAAAUGAAGGAAAGUGACACAGACUCGGACUCCGAUCUGGGAGCUGUGGGUGGAGCUGACUGUCCUUUUCCUAUGGACCCAGAAGAAGAAGGAGGAGAUGAUUGGUUGGAGAACAACGAAUAUGGCGAGUCUUCUGAGGAAGAAGAGGAAGUGAUAGCUGGGGUAGAACUUAAUGGACUCAAUGGAUUUCAUGAGGAACAUGACGAUGACAACCAGGAUAAUCUCGAAAGGGUUUCAGAUGCUUCAAGAAUGAAUGGUUCCUCAAGUCUCAGGCAGGUGUUGCCUUAUCAUUCCAUGCCUAUUGUAGCACAGGAGCAAGUUAUGGCCCAACUACCUCUUCCUUUGCCCAUGCCUCUGCCUAACCUGUUGAACAACAAUGUCCUGCACCAUUUGCCUUUUAGGAUCGAAGACCGAUGGCUGAAUCGCAAGUUGGAGAAUCUCCAGGCACUUAGGGGCAUGAACUUGUUUACAAUCAACGGGCGUAAAGCUAUGUUGACCAAGAUGGAGGACAAGGCUGUCGACACAUCUGACCUUGAGGUGGCAGAUGAUCCGAUGGGUCUUAAUGGCAUUGACCUCAUCACUGCUGCCUUGCUCUUUUGCUUAGGGGACUCACCUGGUGGCCGAAGCAUCUCGGACAGCCGCUUUGUUGAUAGGUAUCGCAUCGACUUGGGCACUCAGACCUUCUCCUUUCCUUCUGCCAUACUGGCCACGAGCACCAUGGUGGGUGACAUUGCCUCAGCAUCUGCCUGUGACCACGCCAGUCCGCAACUAUCCAACCCCAGCCCAUUCCACACCCUCAGACUAGACCUGGUUCUGGAGUGUGUGACUCGCUAUCAGACCAAACAGCGCUCCAUGUUCACAUUCGUGUGCGGACAACUGUUUCGCAGGGAUGAAUUCUCGUCCCAUUUUAAGAACGUUCAUGGGGACAUCCACGCAGGUCUUAGUGGAUGGAUGGAGCAAAGAUGCCCGUUGGCGUAUUACGGAUGCACGUACUCGCAAAGAAGGUUCUGCCCCUCGGUACAAGGUUCUAGGAUAAUCCACGACAGAUAUUUGGGCUCAUUCGGGGUCCAGCCUGGUUUAGUAGCAUGUCCGGAUGAACCUUUUACCAGAAGCACCUGUCAUUUUGGAUUGCGCUGUGACCAUCUAAGCGACCUGCCCUUUGAGUUACUCCAGCAUAUUGCAGGCUUCCUUGAUGGCUUCAGCUUGUGCCAGCUGUCCCGGGUGUCAAGCACUAUGAGGAAUGUGUGUGCCAGUUUGCUUCAGGCUCGUGGCAUGGUGGUCCUGAUCUGGGGGAAGACAAAGCGUGCUGAUGGAACCUCAUCCUGGCGUGUACAAGAUAAGGUGUGGAGAUUCAGUACUGCUUUCGACACUGUGAACGAGUGGAAGUUUGCCAACAUUUCCAGCAUGGCCGACCACCUGAAGACAUGCAAGUUUAACACAAUAGCACGCAGAGAAGAUGCUGUACCGCUCCCGUGCAUGAGCUUCACAAGAGAACUCACAAAGGAGGGGCGAUCUCUCCGUUCAGUACUGAAACCAGUUAUAUAGAUGACACUCGGAAACUGACAGAUAUGCUGCUCACAGGAGGUUCUGGUUCUUUUAUUGUACAUCAGAUGUUUGGAUAGACAUGUUAACAUUAUGCCUUAUUUGUUCAAGUGUACUGUAACAAUGUUUAAUGAAAAACAAAUACAACAAAAUAUACU